AUGAAGCUUUUUUCAAGUUUGAUUGCAUUUUCUAUAGCAGAGAAUAAAGCCCGAAGACCAAAUGUGAUCCUUUUAAACUGCGAUGACUUCGGAAUCGGAGACUUCCAAAUAUACAACAGAGAAGCGAAAGUACCAACGCCAAACAUUGACAGACUUGGCAACGAAGGGGUCAAAUUUCUCGAUGCUCACAAUGGCUCAAGUCGCUGUUCACCAAGUAGGUACAUGCUCAUGACCGGAAGAUACGCGAUGGCAGACAAUGAGUACCGAAAAAUUCUCCCUGGCGAGCCUCAGUUGGCAGAGAUGUUCAAAAAAUCAGGAUACAAGACGGGAAUCUUUGGCAAGUUCCAGCCAUUGAGCUACUGGCUCGUGAAUCAAAACGAAACUCGCGAGGAAACUCAAACAAGAAGACUUCUUGACGCCGAAUUCCACGCAGAAAUGAAAGGGCUCGGGAGGAGCUUCAGAAAUCUACGCACAUCAAACUAUAAGCCCGGCAUCUAUGAGCAAAAAAUAAGUCCUCUCAACCACGGCUACGAUUACUCCUUUACGAACAGCUUCAUUUGCUGCGAGCCAGGAGGAUUCUACGAGAACGGAAAAGGAAUCGAGCCAGUCGACACUUGGUUCAAACAACAAGCAUACCCCGAGACAACGCCAGAAGAUGCACCGAAACCCUACAACCCAGAGACCGGAGGCUGCACCACUUUCCCCACUACUGGCUACAUGGGCGAUGCUAGGCAAGAUGAAAAAUUUGACUCUGAAAGCGAAGACUUACCAAUUUACUUUUGCAACUUUCCUCGGCAACAAGUCGCUAUGAAAUCAUAUGACACUCGUUAUGCCGAAGAAAUGACCAUUCCCAAGCUUGAGAAGUUUAUUGAUGAUAAUCAAGACGAAGAGUUUUUCGUCUACUACGGAAUGCGAUCUGGUCAUGGUCCCUUUAACACCCCUUUGCGAUUCAGAAAUCAAACAGAAGUUGGCAACUUGGGUGAAAUGAUCAGGGAAGCGGACGAAAUCGUUGGAAAAAUUCUCAAUAGGUUGGAAGAAAAUGGUAUUGCUGACGAUACGCUUGUCAUGUUUAUGACUGACAACGGACCAGCCAUCUCUGCGGAAGAUAUUCUCGCUAGCUUUGGCCACAAUCAGCGGCAGCUGGAUCUUCCCAACGGAACAGUUGAACUGGCGGGCACGAAGAAUAGCCAAGGAGAAGCAGGCCAUAGAACGCCAUUUUUAUGGCGUUAUCCAAGACGCUUUUCGCCAAAAGUUCUUCAUGAUCCGAAAGUACCAGUUUCUACUGUGGACAUUUACGCUACUCUCGCGGAGUUGAUCGAGUAUGAAUUAGACUGCAACGAAGCUCCAGACAGUAGAAGCCUCGUUGGAUACUUAGAAACCGGAGAGGCAAAAGAACAACUGAAGAAAGUUCCGAUAAUGACGCAUGCGAAUAUCAGGGGCUUGAAUGCUUCACUUCGAAAAGAACAGUUUAAAUACGUUCCCGGUCUAAAAAGUCUUCACAAUUUGGAGAGGGAUCCUGAAGAAAAAGAUAAUCUUUACGAAAAAGAAGGAUAUCAGAAAUUCGUUGGGUAUUUAGAUUCUUACUUGAGUGACUAUCUUGAGUACAUCGACAACCGAGAAGCUACAACUGACAAGGGCGCAAACAAGGAUCACUGUUUUCCGCGAUUCAAGCGUCUGCAAAAGUAUUUUUAA